ACAUCGAGUUAGCCUUCUUCUGUCGCGAGAUCUUAGUUUUGGGUGGUUAGAUCUGAAAGCUUUAGAAUCGACUUACAUCCUCCGUCUCUCCUUGACCUCUUAUUACCCCGAAUCCCACCUUACCCCCCUUGAAAAACAUGCCAUCGAUUGUGAUUGCAAGGAACCAUGCGAGCGGUCAGAACUUGGUCGAUUCGACUAAGCUCGAAAGAAUCGUAAUUGAUUCCAAAACGGCGAGCCUGAAGAAGGAUAAGAAGGAAAGAAAACACAGGAAGGAAAAGCGUGAGAAGUCUCACAAACAUUCAUCCAAGAAAGCCGAUGAUGUGCUUAAAAAACAGUUGUGUCCCUCUAGUAAAUCCCCAGUCUUGUCCGAGAAGUCUGAUGUGACAGAGGAGCUCGAGGGGCCUCAAAACCACCUCGGUUAUUUGUCUGAUGGAAGUCAGAAUAGUAAGAAGAGGAAACGAGAUGUCUCUCCUCCUGCUGUUGAGAGUCUCAUUAAAGCUGCACCUGUAGCAGAUAAACCUCUACGUAUUCGUUUGAUCUUCAAAAAACCAAAAGUCGAAAGUCCUCCUCUACCCCGAGAGGAUGUUGUUUCCUGCUCCACUCACAGAGCCAAGACACCACAAGCUGUCAUAUGUUCAAAAGUAUGUGAGCCUGAGCUGAAUGUUCCGUCAACAUCUGGUUCUGCAUUAGUUGAGUCAAAGAAGAUAUGUGAGCCUGAAUUGAAUGUUCCGUCAACAUCUUCAGCUGCAAUAGCUGGAACAAUGAAGAGAAAGAAACACAAGCCGAGCAAAGAAGAUCGAUACAAUGCAUUGUUUGAUGACUGGACUCCACUUACCUUCACUGCCAUGGAGGUUGAUACUUCCUCUAAGAAUGACGAUGAAGACUGGUUAUUCGGGAGCAAGACGAAAGAGAGAACAAACUGCAAAGCAGCAGUCAAGAUUGAUGAAGACGUGAGCACAUCUAGUGAUUCGUCAUGGCCUAAAGCUCAGUUUUUGCCUCAAGUCGGGAUCUAUUCUUUACCUUACACUGUCCCAUUCUAAUGUUUGUUAGUCUAGUCUUACUCUUGUACAGUAACUGAUUGUAACAACAGUUUCUCUAAUCUAACCCAAUUUUGAUACACGGUUCACUUCUUC